AUGAGCGCCGUCGAGCGCGCCUUGGUCGUCCUCCAAGACGCGAUCCAAGACGAGCGCGACGAGCGAGCCUGCCCUCUCAACACCGACGACCUCAACGCCCGCCUAAACGCCUACAAGUGGGCGCAGGAACGUACCCCCCGCACCCCCGCGUCACCCAUGCCCCGUUCCGCUUCUGGCCGCAGUCGGCACUCUGCACCGCCCCCAGCCCUCGCCUCACCCUUUCGCCAUUCGGCCAUGAGCGUACCACAAACACCCGCAACCCAGGCAUCGGGCCUCCGGCGCGCCGAGACGCUCGGGCCCCACGACAGCAUAAGCGUCGUCAACGUCCCUCGAGGCGGGACGGACAGGGACGGCGAGGAUCGUCCCCGCUCAAGAGCAAUCACUCCCCGUCCCCGCUCUCGAUCCGUGUCGCGCGAGCGGCCCAACGACACCAGCGACACCGGGAGCUCAUACACCAAGUUCGUGGAACGACCCCCAAGCCCCACUACCACGUCCUCCCCAGCCGGCGUCGAGACAUACACCGACGAAGCUGACCACUCUCUGCACGCCCUCCAGUAUCCGUCGAUGAAGGCUCAUCGGGCUGCCCUAAUCGCCGCCCAGAGGGAGAAGGAGGCCCGUGCUGACGAGGAGCAGGAAGACCGCCAAGCUGCCGCCGCCAAGGCUGAACAGGUCCGGGGAGCCCUGCGGCUCGCCGAGACCACUUCCCGUCUCAAGGAGGCCGAAGACGCCCUUCGGACCCUGCAGGCCAAACUCGUGGCUGAGAAGAUCCGGACCGGAGAGGUGGAGAGGCGAGCGGCUGACACGGCGGCAAAGCGCGAGGCAGACAGGCGCGAGCUGGCCGUCGCGGUGUCUAUUCUCCGCCGGGCGAAGGAUGAUAGUCGGCGGGGGGAAGAGGAGCGUCGGAGGCUGCUUCGCGCGUUUGAGGAAACAAAGGGCCGCCUCGUCAAGUACCACGCAGAGAUAAGGGUGCGCGAUGCCCGUAAGGUCGGACACGAGGAGGGCCGCACUGAAGCGUUCGCCGAAGCCGAGCGGUGGAUGGGCCCACACCCGCCCCUGCCUGUUGGACAGCUGACUACCGCUCCCCCCGGAGACCUUACUACCGGGCCCGUUGCACAGCCUACCACCGCUCCCGCUGGACAGCCCACUACCGCUCCCAGAGGAGCCGUGAGCCAGCCGAACGACUUCUCGCUGUCUCCUCUCGGGGUGCGUGUGGACCGGCUGCCGAGUAUGGGGUCGGCCGCGCAGCAGUUCCAGCAGCAGGUGCAAGCGAUUCCGCAGGGACAGCAACAGCCCCAGCCACAGACUCAGACCCAGCGAGCCGCCCCUCCACAGGCUCAGCAACCACAGGCUAACAAGCAGCCUCAACAGCAGCGGCUCCAACAGCUGCAGCCCCAACAGCAGCGGCCCCGACAGUCGCAGCCCCAACCACAGCAGUUCACCCAGCCUCAGCAGUUCACCCAGCCCCAGCAGUUCACCCAGCCCCAGCAGACAGUCCAGCCCAUGCCGCAACUGUCGGCGGCGACGUCCCAGCAACCCCCAGUCGUGCCCAUGGUGACUCCGCUCCCAACGAGCUUGGGUGCGCAGGCAGCGCUCGGUAACUUGGCAACAUCGGUGCCGCUCCAUCUCGGCCCACAAGGGCCUCUGACUACGCAAGGCGCACCCACUCAACGGCGCAUCCCAACCCAGCCAUCGCACACGGGCCAGGCCAUGGCUCCUCAGGUAUACCCCGCUUUCGUCAACGUCCCAGCACCCAGCCUCCCUGCGUCAGUCCUCCAGCCUGUCCCCGUCCCAGUCCCUUCGCAACCGCAGCGCUCCCACCGCUCUGUGGCUUCAUUGGACGGACGCGGCCCGCUAUUCGACUCACGCAUGAGCCAGUACUCGGGGAUGCCCCGCGGGCAGGUGACCGAAAGCUUCAUCGACCGCGUGCAGGGUACACCGGCCCAGCCUGUCACCCGCGCGCCGUCACACACAUCCCGCGUGGCACCAUCAUUCAUAUCUCGCGCCGCACCCACAGUCCGUUCCAACCGCAGCGUUAUGGGAGUUAACAAGCCUCUCCCCGAACUGCGGAACACUCGGGGUGUGAGUCAGCCUACAGAUCUCGCAAGCGCUGCCGUGAUGGGACAUCAAGGUCCACACCGGGACAGCAAGUAUCCAGCAUGGGACGGACCGGACCCGAGCUUCGACAACCCCGAGGUGAUGGCCAUGAAGGCGUUCCAGGAGCGCGCGUCGCUUGUUGCCCGCAGCUACCGCGGUGGGAGCGACGACCUGGCGGCCGCGGCUGCUAUGCCGCUCCCUUCGUCCGAAUCGGACUAUUCGGCAGCCCAGUCCCGCCUUGCGCCCUCGCGGUUGGGCGACGUGAUGAGGGCCGACCUUAGCCGGAUUAGCGAGGAGCCGCCCACGCCUGCUCGCAGCGUCCGGGAAGCGGAACGGACGCCCGCCCGGUCCCCCCGGCCCAUCCCCGCGCUGGGGAUUAGCAUCGGCGGCGCUGCUCCUGAGCUCUCGGACCCAAUGUACCAGCGAGCGCCGUCGAUCACGGUUCAACCGCCUGUACGCCGCACACAUUACCGAACUGACGUCAGUCGAGCACAAGGACGCCCCUCGAAUCGCGCAGACCUAGCGGGGCGCCCACGUGCACGCCCUCUCCUGGCCCGUCGCCAGUUCCACGGAACCGAGUCCCAUCCCGCCCGCGUUCGUAUCGCACAGCUGUUGAGUCGCUUUCGGAGGAGGAUGACCCGCGUCCUCGGUCGAUUCUCAAGAACCGAGGGGAAACGCCGCUCAUCGAUCCAUGUCGCGUUCCGCUACCACCAAGUCGGGCCAACACAUAUGCCCCAAGCGCCAGCACGGCCGGAGUAG